AUGGAUCUUAAGGCUGCUGGAGCUAAUAGAUUGUUGCAAUUAAGUGAGUUAGAAGAGUUUAGGUUAAAGGCUUAUGAGAAUUCUAAGAUUUAUAAGGAGAAGACAAAACUUUGGCAUGAUAAGCAUAUAAAUCAUAAGGAAUUUGAGGUUGGACAACAAGUUUUGCUCUUUAACUCACGUCUAAAACUUUUUCCAGGAAAGUUACGCUCUAGAUGGUCUGGUCCUUUCACAAUUGUUAAAGUUUAUCCAUAUGGCUCUGUUGAACUACAAGGUAAUUCUGACACUUUUAAGGUUAAUGGUGCACGACUGAAGCCUUACUUGGCUAGCGAGAUGGUGCCCAAUGCAGUGACAUACUCCUUGGAAGAUCCUUCUGAAGCAUGA